AUGGGUGAGAGAGAGAGAGAGAGAGAAAGAGCAGAGAAAGAGGUCACAUGUUGGAGAGAGAGAGAGAGAGAGAGUGUUUUCAGUCACAUGGGUGAGAGAGAGAGAGAGAGAGUGUUUUCAGUCACAUGGGAGAGAGAGAGAGAGAGAAGAGAGACAGUUUUCAGUCACAUGGGUGAGAGAGAGAGAGAGAGAGAGAGAGAGUGUUUUCAGUCACAUGGGUACGAGAGAGAGAGAGAGAGAGAGAGUGUUUUCAGGACAUGGGUACGAGAGAGAGAGAGAGAGGAGAGAGGAGAGAGAGAGAUUGUUUUCAGUCACAUGGGUACGAAAGAGAGAGAGAGAGAGAGAGAGAGAGUGUUUUCAGUCACAUGGGUACGAGAGAGAGAGAGAGAGAGAGAGAUUGUUUUUCAGUCACAUGGGUAUGAGAGAGAGAGAGAGAGAGUGUUUUCAGUCACAUGGGUAGGAAAGAGAGAGAGAGAGAGAGAGUGUUUUCAGUCACAUGGGUAA